UUUGGUCUUCUUGCUGACCUUCUAUCUACUUAUUUCUGAACUUGAUUAGUCCCGGUUUGUUUAUAAAUAACACUAAUCGGCCAGAAUCGUCCUGGUCUGAGAGUCCUGCUAUUCAUUUUUUAUCAGGUUUGACCGGUUUGAUGAUUUUGUUCUGCGGGAUCCUUAGGAUAUAUACGUAGACCCAUAUCAACAGAAUCAACAUGACUCCCGCCAUGGUACAAGACCGGCUGGCGCCGGAAAAUAUCGAAUCAUUCGUAAACGAUUGCCUUCGUGAGGAUCUAAAACUGUACGAGCACCAGCUGGACCGACUGAACGCGGAUGUCAUGGAAUACAUUCAGUUGAAGAACAUGAUUGAAAAUAUCCAGGAGACUGCCACCGAAGGAUUUAAAACGCAGGUUAAUGUCGGUGGAAACUUUUUCAUGAAGGCCAAAACGGACCGGGUUGAGACGAUUCUGGUCGACGUUGGGCUGAAGCAUUACGUGGAGUUCAGUUUGCAGGAAGCGCUCAAGUUUGUCGACAUGAAGGUGAAAGUGUUGACUAAACAAGCUGACGUUAUUCGAGAUAAAAGCGUGGAAACUAAAGCUAAUAUUAAGCUUGCACUGUUGGUGAUUGGUGAUAAAACAAUGUUAUAUGGCAACUCGUAGCAAUGCUAUAGCUUGAAUAUAUAAUUUAUUAUAAUUAAAACCGGGU